CGAAAGUAUAAAUAACGCACAACCGAACCUCGCUGGAGCAGGCGAGGGACCUUUUACGCUUCUGAGAACUUUAUCGCUCCUGGGAUUUUCCCGGUUGAAGUAGAAACUGUGAGUGUACAAUUGGAGUUUAAAAUUUGUGAUGGGAGGUCAUGGAGGUUUGAAUAUUCUGCCUCAGAAGCGGUGGAAUGUGUACAACUUCGAUAACAGAGAGAAGGUACGGCAGGACGAAGAGGCUGCCGCCAAAGAGGAGCAGCUCAAGCGUGAACAGUCACGAAAGCGGGAUGCUGAGUUUCGCCUUGAACAGCUCCGGACUGCUCGUGGCCUGGCUCCGGUGAGCCAAGGGAAGGAGCCUGCUGCAAUGGAAUCAAACCCUGCUGCAGUGGAUUCGAAGUCUGCUGCAGUAGGUUCGAAGUCUGCUGCAGUGGAAUCAAAGCCUGGUCAUAUUAAUCUCUUCGAAGGGAUUAAAUUUUUUUGUCCUAUUAAGGGGUUGGAGAAUGAGGGAGGUGAGGGUAAAGAUGGAUUUAAGAAGAAUAAGAAGAUGAAGAAAGAGGAGGCGAAGCCGAGGGUUGUGACAGCAGAAGAUGAAAAGUAUAGGUUGGGUUAUGGAGUUGCUGGCAAAGGAGUUAAGUUGCCUUGGUACCUUGACAGGCUGAGUGCGGAUGCAAAUGAAGAGAGUGCCAAAGAUGAUGAAUCAUCAAGAGCAGAUAAAGAGAAGAAGAACAAGAGUGGGAAGAAGACAUUGGAGGAAUUGAGAGAAGAACGGUUGGAAAGGGAGAAGCGAGAGAAGGAAAGGGAACGGACUCUGAUACUGAACAAGAGCCGAAAAGAUGGAGCUGCUUUUAAGGAUAGAGGGUUUUAUAGGAGGUGAGUUUACACUCUUGCAGUUAAAUAGACAUGAAGUUUGAUUUUUUGAUUUCAAUUGUAUUUUGUACUCUGUAUAAUGAAAUGUUUUGGUAAGUAAUGUUUUAGAUGAUGUAUAUAUGGCGGUUACGUUUUGAAUUGGUGAGAUGAUGUUAUUGCUGUGUCUAUGAUGGUGUUACUAUGAUGUUGUAAUACACAGUGGAAUGAUAUCCUGCAAAUGACAGUAUGUUAAGAUCUCA